GUGUUUGGCGGCCGGUGACCGGUGGCGGGGCCGCGGGCUGCCUGCAGGAACAGGACGGCAGCCCCACCGCGCGCUGGUGCCAGGUCUUGGCGGGCCCGGCCGCCCUGCGGCCUUACUCCCAGGUAAUAAAUCAUCAUUAGUCAAGAUGUCUUCAGCACCAGAGUCUCCCGGCUUUAAAAAGGAACCACCCAAAGAGAAAGACUUUAAAAACCCAGGGCUCAGAGGAGUCCGCACGACAACCUUAUUUCGGGCUGUGAAUCCAGAGCUCUUCAUUAAACCCAACAAACCUGUAAUGGCUUUUGGACUGAUAACCCUUUCCCUUUGCGUGGCUUAUAUUGGUUAUCUACAUGCAUCCCAGGAGAAUACAAAGGAUCUCUACGAAGCUAUUGAUAGUGAGGGACACAGUUAUAUGAGGAGGAAAACAUCUAAAUGGGAUUAACAGUGCUGGAUGCUGCAGACGGAGCUUUGCUAAAGGCCCUGAAAUCUUCUAAUGGAAGACUUUGUGAGUGCACAGUAUUAUGCUCCUUGUUCUAGAAUGUGUUAAUGAGGAAGGAAGGUAGCAGUUGUGAACGGACCACUAGACUACAUCUCAUCCUGCAGCCCUUACCCCAUUCUUUGUUCACAGCAAGAGCUUCUCAAUAUUUUUCUUUCAUGAAGUCCUUGUAUGAAAGUGCCAUUAAGAAUGGAAG